UCCAUCUAUACAAAAACAACUCUGGUUGUGUUAUUGAUUGGGCUCAGAAUUAAAUAUAUAAUAUUUAUUUCUCUGUAAAAACCCCAAAAAUCGUAUUAAAUACACGCAGCAGUCAAGUACUAGGGUUUUAAGAUGUCGAAGAAAAACAUUGCAGAGCAAGAGACUAAAAUUAAAGACUCCCUUUUCGAGUUCGUAAAAACUCACAUCCCUGACGCUGAUCUGAGCCUAAUCGACGAGAUAGUACUUUCUUAUGUCAUAGCCGUUCUGGAAGACGUAGGAUCAGAUCCAGUUUUUGACGUAGAAGGUUUUUGCGAGAUGAUGGCAGCAUACUUUCCAGAAUUUGAGUCCAUAAACCACGCCACAGUGUGCCAGUGGAUGUUCCAGUUAGAGGCAAAGCUGCAAGAAGUCGACCAACCAGAAGAGAAAAAUAUUACGUUGGAUAUUUCUCUACCCGAGAUCCUCCCCAAAGUGAAACCGAGAUCUCAUAGCAAUUCUGAAUGUGAUCCACCAAAACGUUCGCAUAAACUCUCAGAAAUGAGCGAUGGAGGAUCAACUGACAGUUCCUGCUGUGACUUUCCCGACGAAAUGGAUGUUCUACAGGAGAUGUUUCCCAGCGUUUGCACUAUUGAGGUAAAACAUUGCCUAGCCAUAGCGGCCGGGGAUAUUGAACGUGCCACCCAAAUCCUGAUCGAUCGCCAGGAGAAUGGCCAAUGUCUCAGCCAAAACAACUCUCUGACCAUCCAAGUCACCAAAAAGACCAUCGAUGAUAUGGAACUAAAACACCGCAUCAUCGAGAGGUACUCCUACAUUGACAAGGAUGCUUUCAACAAAGAGCAUCGCCCUGUCGCUCCCAAAGUGGAGCCAAAAAAGAUGGUACGCUACCGCGACAACAAAAUCGUAUCGCUCAAGGGCGAACGAUUCACCGAGGUAAAAAAAGGUGAGGACGUCGAUGAUAUCUCCUUAAAGAAGAACAGGAAAGGGCAUACCCCGUAACCAAUAGGUUGUCCGCGAAAUGGCAGGGGCAGGAGGGCUGGUUCCGACUUUACGCUUGGGUUAUUUUAUAAGUUAUUUUCUUUAAGUUGGAUGGGUCUCUUCCUUAGUAAUUUUCGUCGAUCGGUUGUGUUCCCCCCAAUGUUCAAAUACUCUUGUCGCGUCGGAACAGUAUUAGAUAUUUGGAGGUGUUUAUUAGCGUGUAGGCGUAAAGUAGUUUCUCUGUCUGGGAGAUUUUAUGUAUUAGGUAGCGUAUCGACGUCGCGGGACAAGCCCGUGUUAGGCGUAUAUAUAACUGUCACCGUUUUCAACUAGCUAUAGGGAGCAAGUGUUGAGCCGGCGCGUCGGCUUCAGACAAACAAAAAAAUGCGGUUAAGUUCGUUUUGACUUUGUUUGGGGGAGUGAGAAUUCUUUUUGACAAUCAUUUGACUGUUUUUUUUUUUUGGUACUGUUAUAUGUUGGAUAGUGACGUAAUGUUUGUGAUAGAAAAGUGAUUCGCCGAUAAGUUGUUACUUCAGUAUUUUGAUAUUGGGACUUGUAAAAUUAAAAAAAGGAAUUACAUCUCAAAUAUUUAUUGUUUUAUGUAUUAGGGAUGUUCGUAUUCGUAUUUGUGAGUGUGAAUUAUUUGUAUCAAAUUUUAAAUUCGCAUUUGUGUCCGC